UGUCCCAGCUGGGUUGCUGAGCACUGUGGUGGUCCCUGGAGGUGCUGCUCUUUGGAUCAGUCCCUGUCCUUAGUGCCUGGCCUGGAAUCCAGCAGCAUCCAUUUGGGUGCUGUAUGCAAUCCUGGACAUUCUGGACACGAUGGGGAUUGGCAAGAACACCACCUCGAAAUCAGUGGAGGCAGGAGGCUCCACAGAAGGCAAAUAUGAGGAUGAAUCCAAACAUCCCACCUUUUUCACCCUGCCUGUUGUGAUAAAUGGUGGAGCAACAUCCAGUGGUGACCAGGAUACAGAAGACACAGAGUUGAUGGCCAUCUAUACUACAGAAAAUGGCAUUGCAGAAAAGAGCUCCUUGGCCGAGACACUGGACAGCAGUGGCAGCCUGGAUGCCCAGAGAACUGACAUGAUUUACACCAUUGAAGAUGUUCCUCCUUGGUACCUCUGCAUAUUUCUGGGGUUACAGCAUUACCUGACGUGUUUCAGUGGCACCAUCGCCGUGCCCUUCCUGCUUGCUGAUGCCAUGUGUGUGGGCUUUGACCAGUGGGCCACCAGCCAGUUGAUUGGGACCAUCUUCUUCUGUGUGGGCAUCACCACCUUGUUGCAAACAACCUUUGGGUGCAGGUUGCCCCUGUUCCAAGCCAGUGCUUUUGCAUUCUUAGCACCUGCCAGAGCAAUUCUCUCUCUGGAGAAGUGGAAAUGUAAUAAUACAGACAUAACAGUUACAAAUGGAACAACAGAGCUGCUCCACACUGAGCACAUCUGGUACCCCAGGAUCCGAGAGAUCCAAGGUGCCAUCAUCAUGUCAUCCCUGAUCGAGGUGGUGAUCGGAUUGCUCGGCCUGCCCGGAGCUCUGCUGCGCUACAUCGGCCCCCUGACCAUCACCCCCACCGUGGCCCUCAUCGGCCUCUCUGGCUUCCAGGCUGCUGGGGAGAGAGCUGGCAAGCACUGGGGCAUCGCCAUGCUGACUAUUUUCCUGGUGUUGCUGUUUUCUCAGUAUGCCAGAAAUGUCAAAUUCCCCUUACCCAUUUACAAGUCCAAGAAAGGAUGGACAGCAUACAGGCUGCAGCUUUUCAAGAUGUUCCCUAUUAUUUUAGCUAUUUUGGUCUCGUGGUUGCUCUGCUUCAUCUUCACCGUGACGGACGUGUUCCCCCCCGACAGCUCCAAGUACGGGUUCUACGCGCGCACCGACGCGCGGAGGGGAGUGCUGCUGGUGGCUCCGUGGUUCAAGGUUCCCUACCCUUUUCAGUGGGGACUGCCAACAAUUUCUGCUGCUGGAGUGAUCGGAAUGCUGAGCGCGGUUGUUGCCAGCAUCAUUGAGUCCAUAGGAGAUUACUAUGCCUGUGCCAGGUUGUCUUGUGCUCCUCCUCCACCUAUUCAUGCAAUAAACAGAGGGAUUUUUAUUGAGGGUCUCUCCUGUGUUCUGGAUGGAGUAUUUGGGACAGGGAAUGGAUCCACUUCUUCCAGCCCUAACAUUGGUGUCUUGGGCAUCACAAAGGUUGGGAGCCGCAGGGUGAUCCAGUAUGGAGCAGCCUUCAUGCUGCUGCUGGGGAUGGUCGGCAAGUUCAGCGCUCUCUUCGCGUCGCUGCCCGACCCCGUGCUGGGAGCUCUGUUCUGCACCCUCUUUGGGAUGAUUACGGCCGUGGGUCUGUCCAACCUCCAGUUCAUCGAUCUGAAUUCUUCUCGGAAUCUCUUUGUGCUUGGAUUUUCCAUUUUCUUUGGACUCGUCCUUCCAAGCUAUCUCAAACAGAACCCCCUGGUCACAGGAAUAGCAGGAAUUGAUCAGGUGCUCAACGUUCUCCUCACGACCGCGAUGUUCGUCGGGGGCUGCGUCGCCUUCAUCUUGGACAACACCAUCCCAGGAAGCCCAGAAGAAAGGGGAAUACGGAAAUGGAAGAAAGGGGUUGGUAAAGGAAGCAAAUCACUGGAUGGCAUGGAAACAUACGAUUUGCCUUUUGGCAUGAACUUCAUUAAAAAGUACAGGUGUUUCAGCUUCCUGCCCAUCAGCCCCACCUUCCUGGGAUACACAUGGAAAGGCUUCAGGAAAAGCAGUAGCUGCAGGAGUUCAGACGAAGAUUCGGAAGCUGCAGUAUAGCCUAGGCUGAAAUUCCCUUACCUAGUUGUAGUUAAAGAUGUAUUUGCAGUUUCUUGCUGAUUAAGAAGCAUUAAAAUAUAUGUUUUGUAUAUCUGCAUUUAAAUUCUGGAACCAGAGCUGAGACAGAU